AUGUCGUGGCUCCGCAGCGCGGUGCACCGCGCCGUGGAGGCGAGCGGCGGCCGCAGCUCCCUCCUCACCCGCACCGUCCGCACCUCCCUCGACACCGUCGUCCACCACGCCGGCCAGGCCGUCGCGGGCGGCGCCAGGCUCAUCAUCGGGAGCCGGAACUACAAGAGCGUCAAGGUGACGGCCAAGAGGCUUGAAGAGGCGGCGCUCUCCUACAAAGGGGAGGAGCGGGCGCAGCUGCUGCGCCGGUGGCACGUCGCGCUCAAGGAGAACCAGCGCGCGGCCGCGGCGGUGCUGCGGGAGCCGCAAUUUGGGGACGAUCGGGACCAGGCAGCGCCCCUGCUGGAUCUGUACGUGGAUUGCGAGAGUGGUGGGGAACUGAUGAACUUUUUCCAUGUCUUCCUCUACAGCCAUGCACUCGAGUGUGUUGUUCUCUCCAUGAUUCUGGAAGCCCCAACUGACGAAGAAGUUUCAUUGCUCUCAGAAAUUUUCGGAAUGUGCCUUUCAGGAGGGAAGGAUGUGCACAGUGCACUCCUGAGUAGUGUAAAGGACCUGGCAAGGUUAAUCUCAAGUUAUCAUGAUGAAGUGUUGGCAAAACGUGGUGAGCUGCUUCAGUUUGCUCAGGGUGCGUUCUCAGGGUUAAAGAUAAAUGCUGAAAUUGCAAGGUUAGAUAAUGAAAUUUCACAGUUGCAACAGCAGAUAAAUUCAAUGGAUGCUCUCCAAGCUACUUCAAACAGCAAUCGGAAUAGAACAUCUCAGUCGAUCACUGAGGGUUUCAAAAAGGCAGUUGCUGAGGUCCGUCUUUGCUCUAGAAUGGAAGAACUAAUAUUGAAGAAGAAAUCAAUACAUCCUGGUGACUCAUUGGAGACUCAUUUUGAGAAGGUUGAUAAACUGAAGGUUCUGUCUGAAUCUCUUUCAAAUUCAUCUACAAAAACAGAAAAGCGUAUCAUGGAAAACAGAUUACAAAAGGAAGAAUCUCUUAUCUUCCGGGUUACCAAAACAAAUGAAGUCAGUGGAAUAGAAAAGGAACUGGUUGCUGAAAUCUCUGGACUUGAGGAGCAAAGGGAUAAACUUGAGGCAGAACUGAAGAAGGUGAAUACUAAAUUGAAAGCGGCUACAGUGAAGCUUAAAAAAACUAGAGAGGAGAGAGACCAAUUUGAUGAAGCCAGCAAUCAGAUUGUGUUACACCUCAAAACAAAGGAAGAUGAACUCGCAAGAUCCCUUGCUUCAUGCAAAGUAGAAGCAAGCACUGUCAGUGCGUGGAUCAGCUUUUUGGAAGAUACAUGGAAAUUGCAGUCCUUAUUUGAAGAUCUAAAAGAAAAACAGGCCAAUGAAGAAUUGGAUAGAUGUGGAGUCUGCUUUGCAAAAUUGAUUAAACAUCAUGUUUCUGCAUGCCUGGAAGAGCUGAGCACUUCUAUUGAUCGUAUCAAAACUUUUGUGGAUAACUUGAAAAUAUUCGGUGACAGAUCGAUAUCAGCAGAGGAUGGACCUAAUAGUUCGUCUAAGCAAUCAAACCCACGUAAAUACCUGGAGGAAGAAUAUCUCCAAACGGAGAAAAAGGUUGUAGCUGCAUUCAGUUUGGUUGAUAGUAUACGAGCAAUAUAUUCUUCUAACCAGGAGUACUACAAGACGAGUUUGUCCAGGAGAGAGGAGCCUGAGGUCAAAAAACUAUUUGACACCAUCGACAACCUGCGCGUUGAGUUCGAAUCCGUGCCACGUCCAGUGCUUCAGAUUGAAAUCAAAGAACAGAAAGAGAAAGCAAAGCGAUCCCGUUCCUUGAAGGUUUCCCGGCCCCCGGGUCAUUCGAGAAGCGAUUCCCCCAUCGCGCCUCAGCUGAGGACACGGCUGCCAUCGGAGACUGAGUCGGAGCUGGCCAGGUUCGAUCCGGAAUACAAGGCCGACGAGAUCAGCGGGUGGGAGUUCGACGACCUCGAAGACGAGCCAAGACCUGGCUUCCAAUAAUCUGCGUAGGCUGCAAAUGAGACCCAUACCUGUAGUAGUUGAUGUAAAAAUCAUCAUUAGCACGAAAAAGCCUGGGAAAUGUAUAGUUCAGUGUACAUUGCAAUCUAUCUUUCUGUUCAGAAUUUUGUUUCUUUUUUU